CCCUUUUUCUUAUUUUAUUUCUUCCUUUAUUCUCACUAGGGCUUUUCUCUUUCAUUUUUCAAUUUCUCUCCUCCUUCGAUCUCUCAGCUUACCCUAAGAUGGACAAAUCGUCGCUCGAUGUGGAGCAGCCACACUCCAUGGGAACCACCAUCAUCGGCGUCACUUACAACGGCGGCGUUGUUCUCGGCGCCGACUCCCGUACCAGCACUGGAAUGUAUGUGGCAAAUAGGGCUUCAGAUAAGAUCACUCAGCUCACUGACAAUGUGUAUGUUUGUCGCUCUGGAUCGGCUGCAGAUUCACAAGUUGUUUCAGACUACGUGCGCUACUUUCUACACCAACACACGAUACAGCUUGGCCAGCCAGCGACUGUCAAGGUUGCGGCAAGUCUUGUUAGGCAAAUAUCCUAUAACAAUAAGGCUAUGCUUCAAACAGGAAUGAUUGUUGGUGGAUGGGACAAAUACGAAGGGGGUAAAAUAUAUGGGGUUCCUCUUGGGGGUACACUCUUGGAGCAGCCUUUUGCUAUUGGAGGGUCUGGGUCUAGUUAUUUGUAUGGUUUCUUUGAUCAGGCAUGGAGGGAAGGAAUGUCUCAUGAAGAAGCAGAGAAACUGGUUGUGACUGCGGUGUCUCUUGCCAUUGCACGAGAUGGUGCGAGUGGCGGUGUAGUACGCACUGUAACUAUCAACAAAGAUGGAGUAAAAAGGAAGUUCUAUCCGGGUGAUACUCUUCCACUUUGGCAUGAAGAGAUUGAGUCUGUGAACUCACUGCUGGAUAUUGUGCCCGCAGCAAGUCCAGACCCAAUGGUCAGUUGAGAAUAGAAAAUUGACUGUCGAACAUGUAUUUCUAUAUGGUAGUACUGGCCUCCUGUUGUGGAUUAUUGGUCUUUUCCCCUCUUUGACCUAUAUGCCCUUUUAAUGCUUGACGAUUCCAAUUCUGUAAUGUCAUAUUUACUUCAAAAAAUUAUUUAUCGACUAUGUUUCAGAACAGGAAAAGGAAGGGUAAUUAAAGUGAACUUGUCCUUGUGUUU